AUGUCCGACGACCCCCCAGAAGGGCUCAGUUCUUCCAGCGACCAUGUCCCUGAAACCAAACGUCCUUAUCAACCGCCUCUCUCUACCACCAUGACUUUAUCCACUCCUCCAGCCAAGCAUGAGACCGUCUCAAUAGGUUUCUACACAUCGUACUUUAUUGCAUUACAAGGCCAAAUAGACCGUUUACAAGAAUCUCAACAAUCUCAACAUGCUCUCGAGAUGUCUGCCACAGAGCAACAACGUACUACUGUGGAACAUAUGUUGCUAAGCCUCAAAGAGAUCGCCAGUAAUAUGGUAAACAUACAUGACAAUUCAACUCAGGAUGUCCAGCAUACCAACACACAAGAAGCUCUAACAAUAGGCAAAGGACCCAGGGGUCCAGGGGUAACUGUUACAGGUUCAUGGGUGCGACAAGGAACAAUAGACAGAGGACACAGGAGUCCAGGGGGGAACAAUAGAUUAAGAGCACAGGGGUUCAGGGGUAGGUGUUUCAAGUGUGGGAGUGCGCAGCGGGCUGACGAGACCGACAAAAUUUUGAAACAAUUAACGGAAGGUCUGAAGUUUAUACAUGGGAGUAUUGAAAAUUUAGAGAGACAACAAGCAGAAGGUAUCAAGUCUGUUCAUCGUGACGAGAUCGUCGCUGCUUCGCCCGCCGUAUCCACCACUGAAGCUGAGCUAGCGACCAACGAUCAACAUGAAGCAGGUGGUCCGGCCGUUGAUCAUAGCGGACAUCUGGACAUGGACAUGACACAGGAUCUGAUAGUACAUUCCUCUGUCCCACCAUCCACAGGCCAGGAUGUGUUUCGACGUCACGGUACAGAAGAGAGCGGUACAGAUGAUAUCGGAAUGAACAUUGGACUAGAUAUUGGUGGAGUAGAAGACGGAGGAAUGGACGAUGUCAAAGAGAUGAUGAGGAGUGUGUCAAGAUCCUCAGAAGGGACCCCAUCGGGAGACUCACCAGAAACCGUCAGACGACAAUCAUCCCGACCACGAAGUCGUACGGUAGAUUAUCACAGCCAUCCUCUCGACGGGAAGAAGCUGUCUGUAACUUCUCCCAAGAAAAAGAAAGGCAAGAGGGAGCCUGGGCAGCGAUCGAGAGCUUUCAAAGGGAGAGUGUGGCUAAACAAUAAGUGUUUGAGUGCUAGUGAUGUGGAAAAGAGAGGAGAAGGAGUAUGGCCGGCGAAAAGUGAGAAUACCGUGAAAGGAAAGAUGGUAUGUCCCAGUGGAAAUCUCAUGGUAGUGGCUCAUGCAAUAGAGACAAGAAAGCUACAGUUAGAGAAGACGGUGACGAUAAACAAUACGUCAUUGAGAAGAUUAUCGGAGAGGGGAAGUAUAGAUAGUUUACAGAUCGCUGAACUUCUUCAGCAAUCCUUGAUUGUUUUAGCCGUAGUUCCUCGACAAGUACCCUGUCCUAGUGAGACAUCGACACCCCAGUACGACGUAGUUAGCCGAGGUUUGUCGACCGUCGGAUCGCUCUUACCGACGACCCGUGCAAACCUCGGAGAAGUUCGAAAUUGUAUGCAGCCAGUGGGGAGAGUUACAAGAAGUAUGAGUAGACCAGAAGAAACGGUAGAGGAGACGGAGAGGAGGACGUUGGAGGAAUUAAGACAAAGCUUGGGGCCAUUGCCUGGUGCCAUUGAUACCCCCAAAGGAUCAACUCAAGGCGAUGAUUUCUAUCCACCCCUACCUCUUGAACCACCCCCCCAACCGACCAGACUAUCAGAGCCACCAACGGUGAGGACAGGUUCCGAAGAUUCGGGACAGACUCCACGACCAAGGGAAGGGAACACAGGAGGUAGGCUAAGUUCGGCCGGGAGUGAAGUAGUAGGAGGCACUGAGGAGGAGGCCACAACUCAGAAGAUCAUGCUGGCGAUAAUGAACAUGAUGAUGGAGAUGGAUAAAGAUAUGAUAGCAGAGAGGAAACAUCGAGAGGAGCAGGAGAAGAAGAAGGAACAGGGGACAGUUGGGGGAAUAUUCAGGGGCUCGCAACCUAAGGCCACGAACGGGGGGAGGGCAAUUCCAACGGACGUAGACGAGCUAAAUCGUCGUUGGCCAAGACCCAGUGCUGAUGAGGUGUUAAAGCGUCGGGAGGAAGGGCAGUGUACUGGAUGUGGAGAGAGGGGACAUUACAACCGGGAUUGUCCUGUAAUAGCAGCAAAGGUAAAGGCUGGGAUCAUUCCCUUGCGAUCUUUUGGACAGAAUGCUGGAGGAGAAGGCAGAUUUAGCACAGGUGGAAAUGCCGUCCCUCUUGGAGAUAGGAAGAAGAUCAAUGCAGUCGGAGGGGAGGAAGCAUGCUUUACAGAGCGGGGGAUGGACGGGGAGGAAAAAGAUGGGGACUCGUCGCGAUAG